GUAAUCCUUAGUGUGUAAAGCAGUAGAAGCAUUACGUUUAGUGUAUUUGUUCCCACUGCCUGUGGUAAGCACACAGCCGAGUAUCAGGGUGAUGCUGUGUGCUGAUCUCAUUCAGCUGGGCCACUCAGUUAAACGGGGAUUUCUCAGUUUUGCAACUCCAGUGUUUCAAGUACUUCUACACGUCAUGCCUUUCUGUCCUGCAGCUGAUCUAAACGAUACAUUUCUGUGACUGCACAGUCCCCAUUGCUACCAUGGCAGCAGCCAAAGGGGCUGCAAGCGACCGCCGGGGAAAGGAGCCGCACGGCGAAGCCUGCGGGAUGCACACAGCUGCAGGGCCGUGACCCAGCUGCGCUCUCCCGGUUCCCAGCCGGGAUUCUCCACCCCGCUGGGUGGGAUCUCCCCGUUCCCCUUAAAGGGCAGCGGGCGGCAGGGCUCAGCUGUCCCCGCGAGUCGUUCGGAGGGACAGAUAUUGCUGUGCUUGGCGUGACGUGGCUCUCGUCGUUCUUUCUAUGGCAGAACUUGAAGCCAGAGAAGCCUGUGCCUGGCUGCGGGCCGCCGGCUUUCCCCAGUAUGCCCAGCUGUUUGAAGAUAUGCAGUUUCCUAUUGACAUAAGGACUGUGAGGAAAGACCAUGAAUUUUUAGAUGGAGAUGCAAUCGAAUCACUGUUCAGACGGCUGAACACGUUGAAUAAGUGUGCGUUGAUGGAAGUGGAAAUAAACUGUCAGAGGAACCAGAGCGACGACUCCGAUGAUGAUGAACCUUGUGCAAUAAGUAAUAAAUGGGCGUAUGAGCGGUGCAGCCAGAAGUGGUUUCGCCUUGAGAGCCUAGAAGGUUCCACAGAAGGUGCUGGUGCAUCCCUCCCAGGCAGCCCAAUGCUGAAGAGCACUGGUAAUGAAAACAGAGUCCUUUUGGACCAUGGUGACAAACACGAUACGUCAUCAAUUCAUAGCACUAGCAGCGGUGACAGUGAUGCCGUUAGCUCCCCAAAGUCUUUUGAAGACAUGGAAGCCAGCCCGAGUUCUUCCAGUAAAGUUGCUUCACUGGAAUCUGCCUUUAAUUGCUCACUUCCCCCCAGUUUAAAUGCCACCAAUGAGAAGAAGCUUUGGGAUAAGUCACCGUACAAAAAGAGGAAGAGCCUUCUAAAGAAAAUGGAGAAGUUGCACUUAAGGAGCAGCAACUUAAGGAGUGGUCAGUCAAAGGCCAAACCCAUCAUAAGUGAACCUUUCCUUCUGGAAGGACUUAAUGAGGAGAAGAUGAAGAUGCUUAACUGUGUAAAUAUCGCUGACCUCCCUGGCAUCCAAACAAAGAACAAUUCUUCCUGUUCUCCUCCUAGCUGCAUAAGAAACAAUAAGUUUGAAAACAGAACGGUGAGCACUGCCCGUCCUCUUAAAAAACCAGAAAGCUGCUGUGAAAGAAAGGGGAGGUGUGCUGAGGACUUGGGCAAAUGCCUGCUGUGGAGUGAUGCAUCUCAGGGAAACCUAAACAAUGAAGUAGAGUUGCAAACAAACCAGAUGUUUCAAGUACCACACGGCCACAAACCUGGCACUUUCCCCAAAGCCCUCAUGAAAAGUCCUGUGUCUCCAGGAGAUGACUCUCCUGUCAGCUGGAGAACUGGCUGCGGAGGGAGCCGGAGCAGAAGCAAGACCAAGGACUCCAAAGCCCCCAGCAGCCCCAUCUCACGCGCAGAUAACAGGCUGAGUGUGUAUGACAACAUGCCUAAUGUUGAAUUUGAUAAGCUGGAAGCAGCAGAAGUUGGAGAUGAUGAUGUUUUUUCAGAACUGAAUAGUGUUAUAGAAGAUGUCAAGGGUCUCAGAAAGCUGGUUGAUCAGUGGACAGAGAAGUUCUCAGAUGAUGGGUAUUUGGACUUACCCAGUGACUUAACGUCUCUGUAUCCGUCCUCACCUAAAGAAAUCUCUCUUGACACAGAGCACUCGGAAGUUAAGAGAGCAGCUGUGCUGUCCUCUGAGGGAGAGGACGGCUGUGAGCUGGGCAAGGAGCUCAGCUCUACAGACCUGGUGUUCAUAACAGACCCUAUAAAGACCAACAGGCACAGGAAGCAAUGUGGGUCUGUGGAAGACAGCAGGAUCGUGGAAGGCUUUUCCACACAGACUGACAGUCCAUCGGCCACCCAGCUGGCCCGGGCACAGAAGCUGGCACUGCUGAAACUCACUGCUGUCAUGGACAGAUACUCCCCUUCCAGUAAGCAGGGCUGGAACUGGUCUAUACCAAAGUCAAAAAAAAUAAACACCUCUGACUACAAGGACAAAAAUGUCUUUGGGGUCCCCUUGCUGCUGAACGUUCAGCGAACAAACCACCCGCUGCCUAUCGGCAUCCUGCAGGCACUGGAUUAUUUAAGAAGCCACUUCCUUGACCAGGUUGGCCUGUUCCGCAAAUCUGGUGUUAGAUCCAGGAUCCUGUCCUUAAGAGAAAUGAAUGAAACCAGGUCCAACAGUGUGUGCUACGAAGGGCAGUCAGCCUUUGAUGUGGCAGAUAUGGUGAAGCAGUAUUUCCGAGACCUUCCUGAGCCCAUAUUUACCAGCAGGCUCUGUGAAUCCUUCCUCCACAUCUACCAAUAUGUGCCGAAGGACCAGCAACUGCAGGCUGUCCAGGCUGCCAUUGUCCUUCUGCCCAAGGAGAACCGGGAAGCCUUGAAAAUUCUCCUCUUCUUCCUACGAGAUGUGGUCGCGUGUGUUGAGGAAAACCAAAUGACCCCAACCAACAUUGCUGUCUGUCUCGCCCCAUCGCUGUUUCACCUCAACACCCUCAGACGGGACACUUCCUCCUCCUCCACUCGAUCAAGCCAGAGGAAAUGCAGCCUGGGGAAGCCGGACCAGAAGGAGCUGAGCGACAACCUGGCAGCCACGCAGGGCUUGGCCCACAUGAUAACAGAAUGCAACAGGCUCUUCCAGGAUAAAGAGUACAGCCAUGGGGAUUCAGUUCCUGUGACCAGAAAUGCUCUUAGCUGUGCCCACAUCAGCUGUUGUCUGCCUCUGGACCUGGAUACGAUCGCCAGCGCUUGUUCUCAUGGGAGACUUCAACUUCCCUGAUAUAUGUUGGAAACAUAACACAGCACAGAGGAAGCAGUCCAGGAGGUUUCUAGACUGUGUGGUUAUGCAGCUGGUAGGAGAGCCUACCAGGCGCCGUGCCCUGCUGGACCUGGUCUUUGCUAACAGAGAAGAACUGGUGGGAGAAGUGAAGGUUGGGGACCAUCUUGGGCAGAGUGACCACAUAAUUGUAGAAUUCUCCGUUCUUGGAGACGUCAAAAGAGUGACCAGCAAAACUACUUCUUUGAACUUUCAAAGGGUGGACUUUGAUCUGUUCAGGGUGCUUGUAGCACGGGUCCUUUGGGAGUCGCUUCUCAAGGGUAAAGGGGUCCAGGAAGCCUUGGACGCUCCUCAAGAUGGAAAUCUUAAGGCACAAGAACAGGCUGUCCCCUGAGCGCCGUAAGGUGAGCUGUAGGGGAAGACAACUGGUGUGGAUAAGCCGGGAAUUACUGUUGAGACUCAGAAUAGGAGUGUCUACGUCCUCUGGCAGAAGGGACAGGCUACUUGGGGAGAUUACAAGGGAGUAGCUAAGGUAUGCAGGGAGGAGGUUAGGAAGGCAAAAGCCCAACUUGAACUCUCAUUGGCCACUGCUGUAAAAGACAAUAAAAAAUCCUUUUGUAAGUAUAUCAAAGGCAAAAGAAGAACCAAGGAUAAUUUUCAUCCUAUACUUGAUGCAGCAGGGAAUGCAGCCAUGGAAGACAAAGAGAAGGCUGAUGUCCUCAAUGCCUUCUUUACAUCUGCCUUUAAUAGCCAGACCAGUAAUCCUCUGAAAAUUUUACGCCCUGAUCUGGCAGUCUGGGAUGCUACUCAUAAUAUGCCCCCAGCAGUUCAGGUGGAGACAGAGAGCUUCUCCUCCAUCUGGACUGUCACAAGUCCAGGGGACCGGAUGGGCUGCACCCUUGGGUGCUGAGGGAGCUGGCGGGAGUGAUUGCCAAGCUGCUCUCAGCCAUCUAUCUGCGCUGGCUAACUGGAGAGGGCCCAGAGGAUUGGAGGCUUGCUGAUGUGACUCCCAUCUUCAAGAAGGGCUGUAAGGAGGAUGUGAGGAGCUAUAUGCCUGUGAGCUUGACCUUGGUACCAGGGAAAGUAAUGGAGCAAAUCAUCUCAGGUGAGAUCGCAGGGCAGGUGCGCUGUGUCUGGGGGAUCAGGCCCAGCCAGGGUUAGUGAAAGGCAGGCUGUGCCUGACCAACCUCAUCUCCUUCUAUGACUGGGUGACCAGCCUGGUAGAUGAGGGAAGGGCUGUUGAUGCAGUCUACCUGGGCUUCAGCAAAGCCUUUGACACGGUUUCUCACAGGCUUCUUUUGGGGAAAUGGGCUGCCUGUGGUCUGGACUGGACAGGUCCUUUGGGUAAGGAACUGGCUGAGGGCUGUUCCCAGCACGUCGUGGUGAAUGGAGUGAAGUCCAGCUGGUGAGCCGUGUCAAGUGGUGUCCCCCAGGGCUUGGCACUGGAGCCCAUCUUGUUUAAUGUCUUUAUUGAUGACCUGGAUGGGGGCACUGAGUGCACCCUCAGUAAGUUUGCAGAUGACACCAAGCUGGGAGGUGGCAUCGAUCUGCCUGAGGCUAGAGAGGUCUUUCAGAGGGAUUUAGAUAAGCUGGAUCACGGGGCUGAGAUGAAUAGGAUGAGAUUCCACCAUCCCAUUCAAGCAUCGGGUCCUGCACUUCAGGCACAACAACCUCAUGCAGUGCUAUAGGCUUGGGGACGAGGGGCUGGAUGGUUGUGAAGAAGAAAGGUACCUGGGGGUGAUGGUUGAUGCUCAGCUGAACAUGAGCUGAUAGUGUGCACAGCUGGCCAAGAUGGCCAAUGGCAUCCUGGCCUGCAUUAGAAACAGUGGGGCCAGCAGGAGCAGGGAAGUGAUCGUCCCUCUGUGCUCAGCGUGGGUGAGGCUGCACCUGGAGUACUGUGUUCAGUUGUGGGCCCCUCACUACAGGAAAGAUGUUGAGGCCCUGGAGUGUGUCCAGAGAAGGGCAAUGAAACUGGUGGGGGGUCUGGAGCACAAGUCUUAUGAGGAGCGGCUGAGGGAGCUGGGAUUGUUCAGACUGGAGAAGAGGAGGCUCAGGGGAAACCUCAUUGCAUUGCACAAGCUCCUGAGGGGAGGUGGUGGUGAGCAGGGGUUUGGCCUCUUCUCCCAGGCAACAAACAGGACCCGAGGAAGUAGCUGCAAGUUGUGAGUGCCAGUGUGUGGUGGUGGAAAUAAAGCAGUGAUUCUACACCCUGCCAUGGGACCAGAAGAGGGAGAAAGCAGCCAACAGCCUUGUCAAUAACACCAAGACAUUUUUUUUCUGAAA